UCCUUUCAUAGCAAAACUAUAAAACGUAUACAAGAAACUCCUUGUUGAAAGGAUAUUAUAUUUCGUUUGUUUAAUCGGCAACUAUGGCGGGAGAAUUUUAACUUUUAACGAACUUUAUUUUAACGGACUUUGUUUUCAAGAUGAGAUGGUGAUGAGCGGUUUGUGACAUUUUAUGUUUAAAAAAAUGUGAUCCAAGUGCAAUAAUUAAAAAACUAGUGAAUCUAGGUAACUGAGAUUCAAAUUUUGACAGUCUGGAGGUUUUGAAAAGUUUUAGUUUUAAAUUGAAGGAGUAAAUCAGCAAAUAUGGGACGAAAUAAGAAACCUGCGAUCCUCAUUCCCAACAAUAUGCGCAAAAAACGUAGAUGUAAUAGAUCGUUUCUACGAGCAUCUGUGAUAGAGGCUUUCCAAAACCUAGAAAACGAGGUUCCUAAUAGAUCAAACUUAACCAAUACAAAGUUUCCAACAGUUAAUUUUGUUCGCCGGUCCGGAGCAGCCCGAACCCAUGAAGUACCAAAGAAAAUCACCAAAAAUCGGCCUACUUUACAGCCGAUAAACGAGAAGACCAUGAUCACGAAAGAUCAUAAACUAGUACGACCUUCGAUCUCAAUUGUACCCUUAAAUAAACUAGAACGACCUUCGAUCUCACUUGAACCUUUAGAUAAACUAGUACUACCUUCGAUCUCAGUUGAACCUUUAGAUAAACUAGUACGACCUUCGAUCUCAGUUGUACCUUUAGAUAAACUAGUACGACCUGCUGAAACUAUCUCACUCGUACCGUUAGAUAGACCGGUACGACCUGCGGAAACUAUGUCAGUCGUACCUUUAGAUAAACUAGAACAACCCUUAGUUAAUAAUAAAAACUCUAGUCAAUGUUUGAACGAAAAAGAUAUCAAACUAGCAGUACUAGAUACACCAGAAGAGCAUCAGAAUGAUGAAGAUUUUAAGUGUAUUAAAGAUAAUAAAUGUAAACCAGUACAACCUCUAGCUGAUAACAGAAACACUAGUCAGUAUUUGAACGAAAGAGUUAACCAACUAGCAGUACUAGAUAUACCAAAAGAGUACCUGAAUGAUGAAGAUUUUAAGUGUAUUCCAGAUGUUUCAAUUACACUAGUACAACCUUUAGCUGAUACCAAAAACACUAGUCAAUGCUUGAACCAAAGAGAUAACAAACUAGCAGUACUAGAUACACCAAAUGAGUACCUGAAUGAUGAUUAUAAGUGUAUUAAAAAUAUUUCAACCAAACCAGUACAACCUCUAGCUGAUACCAAAAACACUAGUCAAUGUUUCAACGAAACAGUUAACAAGCUAUCAGUACUAGAUAUACCAAAAGAGUACCUAAACGAUUGGGAUUUUAAGUGUACUCUAGAUGUUUCAAUUACACUAGUACAACAUUUAACUGAUAACAAAAACAAUAGUCAAUGUUUGAACGAAAGAGUUAACAAACUAGCAGUACUAGAUAUACCAAAAGAGUACUUGAACGACGAAGAUUUUAAGUGUAUUACAGAUGUUUCAACUAAGUGCCAACUGAAUGAAAGCGAUAUGGAUGUGAUUGAAUGGAUCCUACAAAACGAAUUGGAUUAUUCCAUUAUUUUUCCAACUAUCAGUGAGAAAGAUCAAGGUGACUGGAAUGAUUUGGAACCGUCUAUUUAGGUUCUGAACCUUUAGUCCAUUUACUCAGAGUUUUAGCUCCGAAUUUAAAAGAACCGCUUGGAUUAACAUGAAAUUUGGCAUACACAUAGCUUACAUGUCAAAGAAAAAAGUGAUAUUGUGCCGAUGUCUGCGUUUGCCCUGGUAGGUGAGUACCACCCCUUAUUGGGGGUGAAAAUACAUACGUUCUAAAUAAGUCCGGAAGUGGGUAAACUGACUAAUUUUAAGCAACUUUUGUUCUAUAGAAUUUUUUCAGUAAGUUAAUACUUUUCGAAUUAGUUGCGAGUGAAAAUGUUCAUUUUUCAACAAAAAACCUCGUUUUUAGACGGUUUCUCGCAAAUAAUUCAAAAAGUAAAUAUUUUAUCCACAAAAUAUUCUUAGAAAAAACUUGUGAAGCGGUAAUGAUUAAUUUUAUUUUGGAUGCUAAUUAAGAAGUGAUUUUCACGAUUUCUUUUUACCAAAAUAAAAGAACCAAUUUUUUUUAAGCGUAACUUGCUUACUUUUAAUGCUAAAAGCUUUUUUAAAAAACAAAAAUAAAGUUUUUCACACUUUAAAUAACUUGUGAUGAGGUUUCCCUAAAAAGUCUUUAUUUUUUCGUUAUUUCACGUUGAAAUAUUGGAUUUGGAGUUUGACUAAUAAGAACCCACUUUUCAUUAGCUACAACUCUGCUUCUACUGGGUCUACUGACUUCAUACAUAAACGCACCAUUUUUUUAUAAGCAAUAUUUUUGCUAAAAAUAUUUUUUUCGAUAAGAUACUUACUUUUUGUGUUAUUUGUGAAAAACCGUCUAAAAACAUAUUUUUUUAUUGAAAAAUGAACAUUUUCAGUCGUAGAUAACUCGAAAAGUAUUAAUUUAUUGAAAAAAAAUCUAUAGAAAAAAAGUUGCUUAGAAUAGGGAACUUGCAUAAAUUUUUAAAUUUGAAAAAAAUGUUAUAAAUCACAACAGAAUAUAAUUUAAAACAUGUAUCAAAGAUAAAAAAGUUUUGUUUGUCUUUCGUUUGGCCCCCAAAGGCGAUUAAAAAUUCAAAUUAAAACAGGUGGUCCGAAACGCGUCGUGACGUCACUGGGUUGUACAUUUACAUUUUUCCCACAAAGUAAACAGAAUUUUAAAUUAGACGUUAUAAACGUCAGUAGAAAACACAUUUAUUUGACGUUACAAGUGUUUUUGAUCGUUUAACCUAUUCAUAGAAAACAUUUACUUUUACAAAAUGGUUUUAUUUUUAAUAGUAAACCUGCGUUCCUUUCCUUCAAAAACAGUAUAAAACUCCAAUUUUAACAAACUGGUAUAUAUUAUUACAAUGACAUACGAUAAAUAUCAUUAGAAUAUAAAUAUUUUUGACUUAUUCCACGACGAUGAGCUGGCCAAAUACCCAAGUAGGUGGAGGCCAAUAAACUAAAGAAAGAGAAGAAGAAUAUACCUAAAUAUAAGGUUGUGUCUAGGUAUAGGCUAACGUGUACGCAAAUAAAAAAGUUAGAGUGUCAGUGAUUUCUUAUUUUUUAUUUGUCUAGUGUUUGUUUUUAAAUUAACUAUGGAGUGUGGACAAUUAUUUAGUUCUUUUAAUGAGUUUAAGAACAUUUUAAAACAGUACGAAAAAGAUAAGAGACUAUAAAUUAAUAUAUAUUUUUUUUAGUUAUAAAUGACAUAGUAUUACCGUCCAAGAUUAAAAUAAAAGGAAGACCCAAAGCUUUCACAAUAAUAAUUAACUUGUUCUGAAGCUAUUAUCCUUGUGGCAUUUUUGUAAUCAACUAUUCUAAAUGGGAACUAAGCCACAAUUUAACUAAAAAAUUGAUUUUAUUAACGUUUCGACGUCUAAACCGGAUGUCGUUGUCAAAAUACAAAAUAUUAUUAAAUUAAACAAAAAUGUUGUUGCUUAGUAAAAACUUUUUUCUAAUAAUUUAUUUAAUCUGACUAAUUUUUGUAUUUUGACAAUGACAUCCGAUUUGGACGACGAAACGUUAAUAAAAUAAUUUUUUUAGUUAAAUUGUGGCUUAUUUUGCAUUUAGAAUAGUUGAUUAUAAUAAUUCACUUACGUAUAAAAAUUAUUUUAGCAAUAUUUUGUACCUACAUGUCAUGUCAAUUAAAUACAUAUAAUUAUUUUGCUAACCUAAAUAUAUACUUUUAUAUAUAUACAUUGAUUUAUUACAAUUAAGUUUGAAACAUCUGAAUAGUUUUGCUUCCCUUCCCUUAACAAAUAUUUUUCUAUCAAACAAACACUAAACAUAUCAAAAUAGCAUGUACCAAAAUAUAUAGUCACUGCGCAAGCUAAAUAAUGACGUCACUCACUUAAUGAAGUUUAAUUCGCGUCUAUCUAACUUUUUUAUUUGCGUACACGUUAGUGUGUACUUAGACACAGCGAAAUAUAACCAUAAUCAAAACUAAUGCAAAACUAUGUGACGUCACGGGCCGUUUGAACUAUUUUAUACCGCAGAAGGCUUUAAAUAUGUAUUUCUAAGUUAUUACGAGUUUUUGAAGCGUGAAAUUUUGGCAAUCUCAUUUUUAAACAAAACUGAACAUUAUUAUCUAAUAAAAAAAAAUGUGCAAGUUCCCUAUUGGUCAGUUUAUCCACUUCCGAACUUAUUUUGAACGUAUGUUCUUUACCGUCGAGAAGGGGUGGUAUUCACACCCUAUGACAAAAGACACAUCGGCAUACCACUUUUUUCUUUGAAAUAUUAUGUGCAUGCCAAAUUUUAUGUCAAUCCAAGCGGUUCCUUAAAAUUCGGAGGUUUUCACCAUGUGAAAAUUUUUGAUGUUUCUUCUAACGGUACUUUUGAAUAAUUGCAAUAUUUUUAACUCUAGUGUUGUGAAAUUUAAAUUAAAGUUUGAGCCA